UGGAGCGCCGGUUUGGUUUCUUCAGGGGAACGGCUUAAAGACUGGUGGUCGAGUGCUGUCCAUAUCCAUCCCUUCGCCGUCUCUUCCAGUCCACCGCCGUCCUCCGGAGCUUCUCCACGGUCGACCGGUUCUCCGAAAGCCUUUCCUUGUGGGCGAAACCUUCGAGAUCAUCUUUUGUCGGCCCUUCUUUGCGCUAUCGAGGGCCCUGACAAGUCUUGGAUAUUUCUCUGCUGAUGUUCAAUAUCCUAUAGAUGGUCAGAUCAUGGUAGUUAAUAGUUAUUAGUCUUUGUAAUACAUGAUAUGCAAGAUGUUUGACUUUGGUUACAAAGCACAAUACAUGGAUGGCCAGAGAGAAAAUUUUUUGAGGCUGGAAGAAUCAAGCCCUAGAUUGUCCCAUGCUUCUGACACAGAGAGAAUGAAUAGAUGCACAUUCAAUGUUGAGGGGCAUGGUCGAGGAUCAAAGAGCACAUCAAGAUCCUUGAAGGGAGGAGUGAGAAAAGGACCUGAAGGACUUAAAUUUCUUGGUCGGUCAUUUCGGUUUGGUGCUUCUAGGGAAGUUUUUCCAGAAGAUCUGAAGGUUUCUGAGAAGAAGAUUUUUGAUCCUCAAGAUAAAUUUCUUAUCCUAAUGAACAGGCUUUUUGUAAUAUCAUGUAUUCUUGCAGUAGCAGUGGAUCCUUUAUUUUUUUAUCUUCCCAUAAAAGAUGAAAAUGAAAAAUCAACUUGCCUUGGUAUAGACCGGAAGUUAGCGAUUGCAUCAACUACAGUGCGGACAAUCAUUGAUUGUUUCUAUCUUAUUCGUAUGGCUCUUCAAUUUCGUACUGCUUACAUUGCUCCAUCAACCCGGGUUUUUGGCAGAGGUGAACUUGUUAUCGACCCUGCACAGAUUGCAAAACAAUACUUAAGAAGCAACUUUAUUAUUGACUUUCUCUCAGUCCUGCCACUUCCACAGAUUGUAGUUUGGAGGUUCCUUCACAGAUCUAAAGGAUCAGAUGUGUUGGCUACAAAAAAUGCGUUGUUUGCCAUUGUUCUGCUUCAGUAUAUUCCUAGAUUGUCUCGCAUUCUUCCUCUAACAUCAGAACUAAAGAGGACUGCUGGUGUCUUUGCGGAAAGUGCUUGGGCAGGUGCUGCAUAUUAUUUAUUGUGGUAUAUGCUAGCUUGUCAUGUUGUCGGUGCUUUCUGGUACGUGCUGGCUGUUGAGCGUGAAGAUGAUUGUUGGCAUGCAGUUUGUAAAACAAAAAAUGACAUAUGUAACGCAAAUUUCUUGUAUUGUGGCAAUGAACAUAUUGAUGGUUAUGACAAGUGGCAGAAUGUCAGUGCACAAGUUCUUCAAGAUUUAUGUUUACCUCAUGAUGACAAUUCGUUCUUCAGUUUUGGAAUUUUUGAGCAGUUCUUGAACUCUAAUAUUGUUGCAUCAAAAGAAUUCUGUAUCAAGCUUGCCUAUUGUUUCUGGUGGGGUCUGCAGAAUUUAAGUACCCUCGGCCAAGGUCUUCAAACGAGUACUUAUCUUGGGGAGGUUAUCUUCUCAAUUGCAAUUGCCGUACUUGGACUUGUUCUAUUUGCCCUCCUUAUAGGUAACAUGCAGACAUAUCUUCAGUCAAUGGCAAUACGGCUCGAAGAGAUGAGAGUUAAAAGGCGUGACUCAGAGCUAUGGAUGCACCAUCGGAUGUUGCCAUCAGAUCUCAGAGAACGUGUUAGACGAUAUGAUCAGUAUAAGUGGUUGGAGACAAGAGGAGUAGAUGAAGAAGGCUUGGUUCAGAGCCUUCCCAAGGACCUUAGGCGAGAUAUCAAACGACAUCUCUGUUUGGCAUUGGUUAAGAGGGUCCCUCUGUUCGAGAAUCUGGAUGAACGAUUGCUGGAUGCAAUUUGUGAGCGACUAAAACCUACUCUCUUUACAGAGAAUACAUAUAUUUUGAGGGAGGGAGAUCCGGUCGAUGAGAUGCUCUUCAUCAUUCGUGGACGACUGGAGAGUAUAACCACUGACGGUGGACGAAGUGGGUUCUUCAAUAGAAGUUUUCUGAAAGAGCGUGAUUUCUGUGGCGAGGAGCUGUUGACCUGGGCUUUGGAUCCCAAGUCCGGUGGUAAUCUUCCAACUUCGACUAGGACAGUGAAGGCCCUGAAGGAGGUCGAAGCUUUUGCGUUAAAUGCCGAUGAACUAAAAUUCGUGGCAGGCCAGUUCAGGCGACUCCAUAGCAGGCAAGUUCAGCAUACAUUUCGCUUCUACUCACAGCUGUGGAGGACGUGGGCAGCUUGCUUUAUCCAAGCCGCAUGGCGGCGCCAUGCCAGGAGGAAGAUGGUGGAUCUCCAACAGCGGGAAGAGGAGGCAGGACUCAGAAACAACUUGGUCGGGGGCACAACGAGCCUCGGUGCAGCCAUCUAUGCAUCACGAUUUGCAGCUAACGCCCUCCGAAGUGUGUAUCGGCUCCGGAACCGUAGUGUUAGGGAGCUGGUGAGAUUGCAAAAGCCACCUGAGCCUGAUUUCACAGCCGACGAUGCGGAUUAAAAUCCCAAGUCCCCACAGUUGUGAACUGUAGGACAUGCCUGCUUAAGUGUUAAAACUUCACUUGUAAUUGAUCGUGACCAAAAAUAGGAGCCCAUGAUGGAAUCCUAUUUUUUUCAUUGCUACUUAUUUGGCAUUUUUAGAAUGGGGGAAGGGGUAUAUACUGGACCAAGAAAUAGUGGCUACACUCGCUAUUAAACACAUGAAGCCGUGUGAAAUAUAUUCACUCAAUUUGUACAA